GCCGGUCCUCCAGGGGCGGAAGGUGCCCGGAUGGAAGGGGCGAUCAACAGCUCCUCCGAGGGCUUCAUCCUGAUGGGCGUGUCUGACCAGCCCCAGCUGGAGAUGGUCUUUUUCGUCGUCAUUCUCUUCUCUUACUUGCUGACCCUCGUUGGGAACUCAGCCAUCAUCCUGCUCUCGCGCCUGGAUGCCCGUCUGCACACACCCAUGUACUUCUUCCUCAGCAACCUGUCUUCCCUGGACCUCGCCUUCACUACCAGCUCGGUCCCCCAGAUGCUGGUCAAUUUAUGGGGCCCAGACAAGACCAUCAGCUAUGGGGGCUGCGUGACCCAGCUCUACGUGUUCCUUUGGCUCGGGGCUACUGAGUGCAUCCUUCUCGUGGUGAUGGCGUUCGACCGCUACGUGGCCGUGUGCCGGCCCCUGCACUAUACCACCAUCAUGAGCCCUCGGCUCUGCUGGCUGCUGGCCGCUGUGGCCUGGCUGGGUGGUCUGGGCAACUCUGUGAUCCAGUCGACGUUCACUCUGCAGCUCCCGCUGUGUGGGCGUCGGAGGGUGGACAGCUUCCUGUGUGAGGUGCCGGCCAUGAUCAAACUCGCCUGUGGGGACACAAGUCUCAAUGAGGCUGUGCUCAACGGGGUCUGCACCUUCUUCACGGCAGUUCCGCUUGGCAUCAUUCUGAUCUCCUACUGCUACAUCGCGCGGGCUGUGCUGAAGAUCCGCUCGGCAGAGGGGCGGCGGAAGGCCUUCAACACGUGUCUGUCCCAUCUGCUGGUGGUGUUCCUCUUCUAUGGCUCCGCGAUCUAUGGGUAUCUGCUUCCAGCAAAGAGCAGCAACCAGGACCAGGGCAAAUUCAUCUCCCUCUUCUACUCAGUGGUCACGCCCAUGGUGAAUCCGCUCAUCUACACUCUGAGGAACAAGGAAGUCAAGGGGGCACUAGGAAGGCUGCUGGGCAAAGGAAGGGAAUUCGGCUGA